AUGAGUACGGCUGCGCAGAUUCCGAAUGCGCCGCAGGGAACGUUCAUGUCCAUCAUCCUCGAGACCUUCGGCUACACCGCGCUGAAGACCCAGUACAUGCAGAUGCCCGGCAAUGGCGUGCACAUUGUGUCGCUGCUCCUCGGCGGCUGGAUCGCAUCUCGAUGGCCAGGUAUGCGAUGCGUCGUCAUGAUUGUGGGCAACCUGAUUUGUGUCGCUUGCGGAGGUGUGCUUGUUGGACUGUCAGCAGACCAUACUUGGGUAGGUUGGUAG